UUACGAGCACGAACACUUCAGCGAAAAAGAGGCGCUAGAGAACUUUCGCCACCUUCGCAGUCGUUUGAAUGAACAGUUGCGCAAAACGAAAAACAUUCUAGAGGUGGCCGACGCAGUGGCCGUUCAGAAAAAUUACCCCGUUUUGGAGAGUUUCUACAAGGAUCUGAACGGUGAAGAGAUCAUGACAAAAAAUUUUCGCAGCGAGGCACACAAAGCGACUGAGGAGAUCAACAAGUGGGUCAAGGAAAAAACGCACGACAAGAUACAAAAGCUUUUUGGACAGGACCUGGACGCCAGUACGGCAAUGGUUCUCCUCAAUGCAGUUUUCUUCAAGGGCGUUUGGAAGCACCGCUUCAAUCACACGUUGACAAUGCGAGAACCAUUCAACUACUUUGGCAAGGGUGGCGUCAAGCGUAGCGAACAAGUAGAGAUGAUGAACAUCCGUGGCACCUUUGGACACGCUCAUUUUGAGGAUGGCGACCUUCUCGAGGUGCCCUUUGUCAAUGACUCUACCGUCUUUCUGGCCUUCCUUCCCAGUGAGAAGCAUUCGGCUGACCUGUCGAUGAUGAGCUCCAUCAGCGCUCUCUUUGGCGCCUCCGAGGAGUCUGUAAACAGUGUGAAGUUUGCCGAUCGACUAGCUCACGUUCGUCCUCACCGAGAGGUGAAGGUGCACCUGCCCAAGUUCAAGAUCGAGUCAAAGUACUCACUGAACGCUGCGCUUAAACACCUGGGCCUUCGUGACGCCUUUGAGCAGGGACACGCCGACUUUAGUCGCAUCAACGGAAAGCGAGACCUGGUAGUCAGCGAUGUCGCCCACAAAGCCUUCUUUGAGGUGAAUGAGGAGGGAGCAGAGGCUGCGGCGGCCACCGGCGUUGUCAUUGUGCCCACCAGCGUUCAGUUGCCCGUCACCUUUAACGCUAACCGACCCUUCCUUUUUAUGAUCUACGAUAAGGAGUACCAAUUGGUGCUCUUUGCUGGAGUUGUCAAUAAGCCUUGA